AUGGGAGGAGGAGGGGUCAAACUGGACAAAUGGGGAUACGAAGUGAGAACUUCUUCCGAGGACUGCAUUUCAUCUAUCAACGCCUUCUACGAUCAGUUUCUCGGGUAUGGCAGAGAUCGGUGUGUGAUUCUGGAAGCCGCAGCUCAUGAUAAAGACUGCGUUUUGGCCAACAUCUUGGCAGCCCAUCUCCUUAACUUCUCUGAUCCUUCACGAGCUCCUUCUUUUCUUGAAGCUGCCAAGGCCAACCUUGAACAAGCUACUCGGUAUGAGAAACUAGUUUUCGAUGCCGUCAGUUAUUUGGGUUCUAAAGACAGAGAUGAUGAUGUCGCUGUUGAGUUACAUCUUAAGGUUCUGAAAGAGUUCCCAAGAGAUCUGGCAUCCCUGAAGAGAGCUCAAGUUCUGUGCUUCUACAUGGGUCAACCUGAUCUUUUUCUGUCUCUUAUUCGCCAGGUUCUUCCUGAAAAUGAAGGAGAUAAUUACGUAUACGGCAUGCUUUCUUUUGCUUUAUUAGAGGUUGGACAAAUGCGAGAUGCUGAGAAAGCUGCCAAAAGGGGACUUGAAAUCAAUAAGGAAGACGUCUGGGCGCAGCAUGCUUUAUGCCAUGUUUUUCAGUAUGAAUGCAAAUUUAAAGAAGCAGUUCAGUUCAUGGAAGGAUGUGCGUCUUCAUGGAAUUCUUGUUUGUCAUUUAUGCUGACCCACAAUUGGUGGCAUGUAGCACUUUGUUAUUUAGAAGGUAAUGCCCCAGCACAAAGAGUCCUUGAGUUAUAUGACCAUCAUAUAUGGAAAGAGUUAGAAAGAGCUGAUGCUGCCGGAGAGGUUUACUUAAAUGCUGUGGGUCUUCUUUUGCGAUUGCAUGUUCAUGGUGAGCUUGAUGUCCUUGGGGAUCGUCUCGAGAUACUAGCAGGAUGCCUAAGUGACCAAGCAAAUUGGAAUAUAGAGUGGCACCUUGAUGUAAUGACCGUCUGGGCUUUAGCAAAGACUGGAAAAUUCUCUAAAGCUGAGGAUCUUCUAAAUGAGUUAAAAUACAGGAUUUCUAGAAUGGGCACAAAGAAGCAACAAUCAAUGCAGAAGGGAAUGCAGAUCAGCUCGCAGAAGCUCUUUAUGCAUAUGGGAGAGGUAACGACAGGCAAGGACUGGAGUUACUGGAUUCUGAUUUUGAUGCCUGUAAUUACAAGAUAAUCGGAGCGUCAGAUGAACAACUUGAAGUGUUCAAUCAAGUUUGGUACACGAUGUUACUGAACGCUGGAGAAACA